AUGCCCAAUCAGUGGAAACCUACACCACCUUUGGAUAUUAUCCAGCUGCACAUCCUUCGCCUUUGGAAGGCACGUCAGACAGACAAGCAGAUUGUCGUAGAAUUGCAGAAACACUUUGACUUAUCGCACUAUGAUAUGCCCAUGGUCACCCAGAGUGACCCUGGGUCAGAAAAUUUUGGCAUUGCCAACACACAUACAAUGCUUUGCCAGUGGCAUGAUCCUGCACUGCAGGGAUUUGAGUCACUACUGGACCACGGAGUCAUGUCAGGUUGGUAUGAUAGUAAUAAUACUCUCCAAAUGAUGGUCUUUCAAUGGGUUUUUAUACCUUGGUUGCAGCAGGAAUUGGACGGAUACCAGGACCGAGUGAACAACACCCGAAAGAGGCGAGACCAGAACAAGAUUCUGCCACACGGUGUGCCGAACAUUGUCUAUCAGUCACCUGAGGACUUCAGUGCCCUGGACUUUAAAAUCACUGUUGAACAUGAGGCAUUAGAUCACGUACGAAAUCUCUACAUCGAUCCUUCUCACAUUGUCUUCAACCUUGUGCCACAAUCAUUAGGGAAGCUCAUACAGUGUUACUAUGAGGAACUGGGGCACCCAUCAGUCACAAGGCAGUCAGCUUGGGACGUAUACCUACUUUUGCUUGAUAUGCUGCAAUGCAACGAGGAGAUACCAUCCGCUAUUGAAGAUGUUGAAGAAGAUCUCCCGCUUUUAGAGAAUUACCAGGACUUGCCUUAUCAUGAGGACAACAAUGGUGCCUACUAUAUGGGUGGGGUGGGUGGUGGACUCGGACUCGAUAAUCUCAUAUGUGACGAUGAGCCUAAAACUACAGGUAGUAUUGAUGAAGACAUCGGAUUGGAUCACGAUGGUCUGGUUGUAUGGGAGUUCUCCGAUUUUUCUGAUGUCUCAGAUGGUGACGCAGAUGUAGAUGAAUGGUGA